CUUGGGAGCGGAGCGGGAAGCGGGCCCAUGGCCUCUGCCAGCAUCGACAUCGAGGACGCGACCCAGCACCUGAGGGACAUCCUCAAGCUGGACCGGCCGGCAGGUUCAGUGAACGAAAACCAGAGGUCACCCAACUCGUUCAACGGGGACUUGAAUGGGCUGCUGGUGCCGGACCCCGUUGCAGCUGGAGAUGGAGCUCCCUUGGCUAAGCCAAUGCUCCGAACUGUUCCCCUGGGAACCCUGCAGGAGAAGCAAGUCAUCUGCCUUUCUGGAGAUGACAGCUCCACCUGCGUGGUGAUCUCGGCAAAAGACGUGGAGAUUGUGGCCAGCAGUGACUCUAGCAUCACCAGUAAAGCCAGAGGGAGCAACAAGGUAAAAAUACAGCCAGUAGCCAGGUAUGACUGGGAGCAGAAAUACUACUAUGGCAACCUGAUAGCUGUAUCAAACUCCUACCUGGCAUAUGCCAUUAGAGGUGCCAGCAAUGGCUCGGCUAUGGUGCGGGUGCUGAGCAUCAGCACUGCCGAGCGGACCUUGCUGAAGGGCUUCACGGGCGGCGUGGCAGACCUGGCUUUCGCCCAUCUCAACUCCAACCAGCUGGCCUGCCUGGACGAGGCUGGCAACCUCUUUGUCUGGGGCCUGGCCAUGGACAAUGGGAAAAUCCAAGAGGAGAUCUUGGUGAACAUAAAACGACCUGAGGGCACCCCGCUGAACAGCUUCCGGAGAAUCAUAUGGUGCCCCUUCAUCCCAGAUGAGAAUGAGGAGAGCGGUGAAGAGGGCAGCCAAACAUUGGCAUUGCUGCACGAGGACAGGGCAGAGGUUUGGGAUCUGGAUAUUAUCCGAGCCAACAACAGUUCCUGGCCGGUGGAGGUGACUAACAUCAAAGAGGGCUUCAUUGUGGUGAAAGGCCACAGCACGUGCCUGAGCGAGGGAGCGCUCUCUCCAGAUGGGACCGUCUUGGCCACAGCAAGCCACGAUGGCUAUGUCAAAUUCUGGCAGAUCUACAUAGAGGGGCAAGAUGAGCCCAGGUGCCUGCAUGAAUGGAAGCCCCAUGACGGCAGGCCGCUCUCCUGCCUGCUCUUCUGUGAUAAUCACAAAAAACAAGACCCAGAGGUUCCUUUCUGGAGGUUUCUCAUCACUGGAGCAGAUCAGAACCGAGAGCUGAAGAUGUGGUGCACCGUUUCUUGGACCUGUCUGCAAACUGUCCGCUUUUCCCCUGACAUCUUCAGUUCCAAGAGUGUUCCCCCCAGUCUGAAAGCCUGCCUGGACCUCUCUGCCGAAUUCCUGAUCCUGAGCGACGUGCAGAGAAAAGUCCUGUAUGUGAUGGAGCUUUUGCAGAACCAGGAGGAGGGCAGAGCUUACUUCAGCUCCAUCUCGGAGUUCCUCCUCACCCACCCGGUCCUGAGCUUUGGCAUCCAGGUGGUGAGCCGCUGCCGGCUGCGGCACACGGAGGUCCUCCCAGCUGAAGAGGAAAGCGACAGCCUGAGCACAGAAGGGGCUCAGGGGGCUGGGGCUGUCGAAUCGGCGGCGGGUGUGCUGAUCAAGCUCUUCUGCGUCCACACCAAGGCCCUGCAGGAUGUGCAGAUCCGAUUCCAACCUCUUCAUAGUCCAGAUAUGGCUGCACCGAUCCCUCCCCACGGCUCCCAUGAAGAUUUCGCGUUUCCAGACCAUCUGGCUGACCUGGGCGCAGAAGGGCUGGGAUCGGAGAAGAGGUCCGUCCAUGGCUCCCAACCAGACUUACGGCGCAUUGCAGACCUGCCUGUGCCAGCGGAUUUUCUUGCCCUCUCCAACGAUGCCAAACCCAAGCUGAUGACCCCAGAUGCGUUCAUGACCCCAAGCACAUCUCUUCAGCAGAUUGCCAUGUCGCCGGGAAGCAGCGUCAGUUCCCUGACUGCAGUCACAGCCAUGAGCAGCGCUUCCGUCACUGACCCCGCUGUGCCCAGGCCAUCUGAGGACCUGACUUUGAGCCCAAAGAUGCAGUUGGACACCAGCCUGACGCUAAGCAGCAGUAGCAGCAGUCUCCAGACGAGUCCUAGGAACCAUUCAGUCCUUAUCCCUGGACUCCCUGACAAGCUGACCCCAAAGGCCCCUGUCACUCCAGCAAACCCCCCUCUGGCUCUGGAGCUGCAGGAAGUGGAGCCCCUUGUGGUAGCCCAGGCCUCACCCACCCGUGAGCGCUCCCCGGACGUCAUUUCCUCGGCCUCCACGGCCAUGUCCCAGGACAUCCCAGAGAUCGCCUCUGAGACGCUGCAGCGCGGCUUUGCCACAGCCCCGGCCGGGCUCCCUGCAGAGGUGCUGGAGCCCAACCACCACGCGGACAGCAUGGCCUCGGCCGCCUCGGCCUUGCACUUGCUGUCCCCGAGGAACCGGCACAGCUCCGAGCACAGCCAGCACUCCCUCGACAUGGCCCCCGUGGAGGUGGACAGGCUGACCACACCCUCGUUACUGGAGACUGCUUUAACUCAGGAAAAUGCAUCUUCCAACAGCGUCGUGAGCCAGCCGUGGCCAGCGGCCCCCGACAUCACCAGGGAAACCAGGAACAGCAUAGCAGACAGCCCAAGGGAUGACAUUGCAGAGAAGCACAAGAGCUCUUCCUAUCACAGGCACAGCUACCACCUGCUGCAGCACGACAGCCAGGAUGCCAGUGCAGAGCAAAGUGACCAUGAUGAUGAAGUUGCAAGUUUGGCUUCUACAUCAGGCGGGUUUGGUGCCAAAGCAUCUGCACAGAGGCUGCCUGUGAAGGACUGGAAAGCCAAGGUGUCCCCUCGGGCUUCCCCCAAGCUCAAACGGAAGGGCAAGAAAGAUGACGGGGAUGUGACCCAGUCCCCGAGGUCAAGUGAUCGCCAGGUGACCGCCGAGUGCCAGGAUGAGCUGAUGUCUCUGCUGCGGAGCCAACAGAGGGAGCUCACGGAGCUGAGACAGAACCAGAUGGAACUAAUGCAGAGACUCACUGACCACCUGGAUGCUGUGCAAAGCUCCCUCAUGGGUCACAUGGAACGAGUGAUUGAUUCUCAGCAAGAACAAGAGCAGCGGAGGCUGGACCGAGCUCUGACAGAGGGGCAGCAGCGGAACGGGCAGCUCCAGGAGCACCUGUCCCAGCAGCUCUCGCAGUCCCUCUCCACUGCUGCCUGCAAUCGCCUGGAGAGGACCAUCCGCGAGGAGAUGAAGAAGACGGUGCCCCAGUGCAUUUCCAAGAGCCUGGACCCUGUCACUGGCCAGCUGAGCAAUACGAUUGCCGCCAAGCUCACGGCUGUCGAGGGGACAUUGAAGGAAAACGUCACCAAGCUAGUGAAAUCAAAGAACCUGACAGAUGCCAUUGCGAGGGCAGCGGCGGAUGCGCUGCAGGGGCCCAUCCAGUCGGCGUACAGGGAGGCGUUCCAGAGCGUUGUGUUGCCGGCGUUUGAGAAGAGCUGCCAGUCUAUGUUCCAGCAAAUCAACGACACCUUCAAGCAGGGGACGCAAGAAUAUAUCCAGCAGCUCGAGACUCACAUGAAGAACAAGAAGGCGCGAGAGCAGGAAGCCCGAGACUCCUUGCUGGGCCAGCUCCGGCAGCUGAUCAGCACCUUCCAGAGCAGCACAGAGCAGCUGGCCUCCACCAUCACCACCAGCGUGCACACCGAAGUGCAGCAUCAGCUGCACGUCAUUGUGGGCAACAUGCAGGACUCUAUUCUGACCCAGGUGCAGAGGGUCAUCAAGGGAGAGGUGAGCCUGGCCAUGAAGGAGCAGCAAGCGGCCGUCACCUCGAGCAUCGUGCAGGCCAUGCGCUCCGCCGCAGGCACGCCCAUCCCCUCUGCUCACCUGGACUUCCAGUCUCAGCAGACUCACGUCCUGCAGCUGCUGCAGCAGGGCCGCCUCAACCAGGCUUUCCAGCAGGCUCUCACGGCAGCUGAUCUGAACCUGGUCCUAUAUGUCUGUGAGACGGUGGAUCCUCAGCAGGUGUUUGGACAGCACCCAUGUCCGCUCUCCCAGCCCGUCCUCCUGUCUCUCAUUCAGCAGCUCUCCUCGGAUCUGGGCACCCGCACCGAACUGAAACUGAACUACCUGGAGGAGGCCGUGAUGCACCUGGACCACAGCGACCCCAUCACCCGAGACCACAUGGGGUCGGUCAUGAACCAGGUGCGGCAGAAGCUCUUCCAGUUCCUGCAGGCGGAGCCCCACAACACCCUGAGCAAGCCGGCCCGCCGCCUCAUGAUCAUGCUUCAGGGCCUGGUCACCCCCAGCAUGACCUAACGGCGCCCGGCUGCCCUGCGGGUUGCUGCACGGGAGCCCGCCCUGCAGAGCCAGUAGUUACUAACCCCGUGUGGCUUGUGUUAAGAGCUCUUGCCAGGUAAAUGUGUGGUGUCGCUAAGGCUAACGCCAGCUGUGUAUAGCCCCAAAUAAUCACUCCACGCUCACUUGGCUUCUUUUCUUAAACAGCCUCUUCUGGGAGCGCUGGGCCUCUCGGCACCCACCCCCAUCCGUCCCUGAGUCACCACCACCUUUCACACAGCAGCGCGGCCAUUCCAUUGCUUCCCCCUUGAGUUGGGCGUUUGCUCCCAGGAGUGGAGGAGAGGGGAGCGGGGAUGGGGCUGUGAGCUGGGCACACAUUCCUCACUCCCGGGAGGGGGCCCCAGGCUGAAGUCCAGGAGCCCACAGAAUCCUUCCCAGCCAGAUAGGGGGGAAAUGGUUUCUGUUAGCCCCUUGGUUCCCACAAUGGCACUGGCCUAACAGCAAGAAGCCUGGCUAGUCCCCCAUGCAGGGCGGGUCAGGCACCAGCAGGGGGCAGUGUGUGCACAUCUCCUGCAUCGGUUCUGAAGGGCGAGCCAAGCGGGGCAGGUUGGUCAGGGAGCAUCAUGUUGUGAGCCCCUCCUGUGUGCUGGCACGUGUCCAUGGAUCAGACCUUUUCUUCAGUUCUGAUUUUACACAUUUUUUUUCUUUUUAUCUAAAAUUUGAAUCUUUCUUUUUUGGAUAACAUUAAGAAACGUUCAAUAAACAAUUUUUGGAAAAAAACCGA